AACCCCAAAAGUUCCAUUCCUUUAAUGUGUUCAUUUUGAACUGUUCAAUCAUCACCAAAGUUCCAAAAAGUCAUACCCUUUUGUUCAAACAUCCUCAUUUUAUACAAUCUCUUGUGUAUGAACAUGAAGAGAAGCAUCGCAGAUGUGAGAGAACUUGAUCACGGCCUAACCGUGGCCAACUGUUUGAUGCUACUGUCCCGUGGCAUCAACAACAACGAUAAUCAAUAUGACUCCUUCUCCGUCUCCAGCCGGGUUUUCGAGUGCAAGACCUGUAACCGCCAGUUCCCUUCGUUCCAAGCGCUCGGAGGUCAUCGAGCCAGCCACAAGAAGCCCAGGUUAACCGGACCAUCAGGAGAUGGAAACAGCAAUAGUUCUGACCAGAGCCUGUCACAGGGGUCAUCACCAAAGCCCAAGACACACGAGUGCAACAUAUGUGGCCUAGAGUUUGCUAUAGGGCAGGCGUUGGGUGGUCACAUGAGGAGGCACAGGGUAGCCUUGAGCAGUAGUAAUACUACUAGCAAUAUUCAUGAUCGAUAUUCGAGUUCGAUGAGUCUGAAUCCUCAGCCUGCGCAAGUAUUUCAAGUUUUGAAGAAGACGAAUAGCGGUAGGAGAGCUAUGUGUUUGGAUCUGAACUUGACGCCAUUAGAGAAUGACUUGGAGAUUCUUCAGCUAGGGAAAGCAGCUCCACUUGUUGGGUUUUUCUAGUUAUAUAUAUAGAGAGAUGAUCGGUGCUUUAAUUCAUUUGUAUGAUUGUAAUUAAUCACGUAGGGUUUGCUGAUGAGGUUUACCGCGGUUCUUCUCUUUUUGGUUCCACCGAUAGGUCGAUCCAUCAGUGUUUGUUCAUUGUAGAAUUUUACACAAUAUGGAUGCCUUUGUUUUGUUAUUGGUUUUGUUUAUUAUUUGGGAAAUGAUCUCCAAACACUUUUAUUUUCUCUCCAUGCGCACCAUUGUUUAUUUUGGUUUUUAUUCAAUAAAAUAAAGGAGAUCCUUGCAU